UCUACGUCCAUGUCUAAUUCUCCGCUCCUGCCCCGGCCAACGAUAGCGGCCACCCGCCCUCUAGCAGCUCAAGUAGGUGGCCAUGCAGGCAUUGAGACAUCAGAAGACGAUUCCCUUCUGAUCAAACCAGCCCUUCCUCGUGAAAUUGAAUUUUAUCAACGAAUCGCCGCAGCAGGCGAUCACGAAGAACUCUUGAAGCUUAGAAAUUGGACCCCAAAGUUUUUGGGCGUGCUGAAGCUCGAGGGGCAACUCAAAGAUUUAAAUGCAGUUGGCGAUGGAAAUAUGGAAAUAGUUCCCGUACAUGGCAAUAUAGUGCCAGAGGAUAAAGAGCGCCUCGUCCUUGAAAAUGUUGCGUACGGCUUUGUGAAGCCUUGUAUUCUGGAUGUGAAACUUGGGACCGUCCUCUACGAUCAAGAUGCGCCUCCUGAAAAGCAAGCGCGCAUGAUUAAAGUCGCUCAUAAUACUACUAGCGGAGAAACGGGCGUUCGCUUCACAGGAUUUCAGGUAUACGGCAAUGACUCUUCCGAACCUAUCUUGACGCCCAAGUCGUACGGCAGAUCGAUCAAGAAGGAACAGCUUCCUGACGUUAUUGAGAUGUUCUUUCCCGUCUCAUCUGCACCUUAUCCAACACCACCGAACUCUACUGAGACAUCAGAUUCAAACGUGUCAAAGCCACAAUCUGGUCUUCCUGCUAUCCUCCUCCACUGCGUUCUCACUACACUUCAAGCCGACCUAGAAGAAUUGAAAGCUACCAUAGCGAACAUUGAGAUGCGCAUGGUAGGUGGGAGUAUUCUCAUAGUGUACGAGGGAGACUGGGAACGUGCAUGGAAGACACUCUCCAUGCCUUCCGGAACCGCCACGAGUGAAGAAGAAGAAGAAGACGACGACGACGAAGUAGAGGUCGAGAUAGAUGAAAACGGACAAAUUGUUCUGGAGUCUAUACCCGACGAAGCGAUAGAGGAAGAGGAGGAACACCAAGCUCUUUUGUGUUCCCUUUCUCUCAUAGACUUCGCACAUACCCGACUUAUCGAUGGGGCAGGUCCUGAUGAGGGCGUGUUGAAGGGCAUACAGACCAUGAUCGAUCUUCUUAGACAGCGGAAGGACAAGAUCGCAGCGAUGCUGCCUACGUGCGAUGUAUAACUUGAUUUCGGUCAGUUGUGGUCUAGCAAAAUAAAUAUGACAGUAUGAACAUCUAUAACUCAUCUUCCUUGUCUAUGUGCCAUCAUAGGAUACGGCUAGGAAGUUGCUGCAGAAUGAUCCAGUAACACGAGCAGGCUUCUGAAUUUCUUACUGCUUGUGUGAAGAACUCCCAUUGGGUCUCGAAAGGAUCAAGCUAUGAAGCAAUGGAGAGUGGAAAGCGUUAAAGAAUCCAUUCUGCUCUAGAUAGGCUCGCUAUGGUGGCGGUUGAGCAUUGAGAGACGACUGGGCGCUCAUUUGCUGUACUGUAGCGUAUUAAGGGUAUCCCAAAUGGGGAGUCGCUGCACAAC